UGUGUGGCAUGUGGGAUCUUAGUUGGGAUUCCCAACCAGCGAUUGAAUGCUCAUCCCCAGUAAUGGAAAUGCAGUCUUAACCCUUGGAUGUCCAGGGAAGUACCAUGUAUUAUAUCUUAUAAUUAUUUUCUCUCUCUUUUUUUUUUCCAAUUGAGGUGUAGUUGACUUACUGUGUUUCAGAUGUACAGGAAAGUGGUUCUAUUUCCAAUAGAUUCUUCUUCAGUUUCUUUUCCAUUAUAAGUUGUUAGAAGAUAUUGAAUAUAGUUCCCUGUACUAUACAGUAGGUCCUUGUUGUUUAUCUUUAAUAUUUAGUAGUGUGUAUCUGUGAAUCCCAAAUUCCUAGUUUAUCCCUCCCCCCUCUUAUUGUAUACUUUUUAGGGUGUGCUUUGAAGAGUCUUUGGAUAGUUCAUGGUGAAUAAUGAAUGCUGUAAGACUCUCAUUUUCUGCUCCAGCCAUGACCUGGAGCUGGCUCGUUGUGGACUGGAAAGAGUGGGUCAGGCAGAGAGAUGUGAGAGACAUGUUUUAAAUUUCCUUAGAAAUAGUCACGGAAGCUCCUGAAAAGUUACUUUAAUUAAACUACAGCUUUUUCCUCCCCUAACCAUUGACACCAAAAAUAAGAUUGCUCUGGGACUUGACACUGGUAGAUAGAAUGCCCCCCAAGGGACUUGAGGUUUGCUUCCGAAGCUGGGCAGUGACCACGCUGGCCUCCCAACACUGACCCGUCAGACCUCACUGGGACGGGACUGGAAUCGAAAAGUUCCUGAGAUGACUUAGAGUCAGCACAGCCCUCUCUGGGUCUCCAGUCAAGGAACGUGAGACCUGAAUGGAUUUGAAGCCCUUAAAGUGCUCCUGCAUGCAAGUUCUUUCCUCGCUGGUGGAGCUGUGUUCAUCACACUAGCUCCCAGUGACUGGUGGGAGCAAAUGCCUACUCCGAUAGCCUGCAGCUGCGAGGAUGGGGUGAUGUAUCUGGCUGGAAAAGAGGAUGUGGAGAAAGAGAAGGAAACCCACAAUUACCUCAGCAAAGAGGAAAUCAAAGAGAAAGUUCAUAAAUACAACUUAGCAGUCACAGACAAGUUGAAGAUGACCUUGAAUUCAAAUGGGAUUUACACUGGCUUCAUUAAAGUACAGAUGGAACUCUGCAAACCUUCACAGACUGCUGGAAAACCCGCUCCCAGUAGCAAUGGCUGUAUGAACACCCUUCACAUCAGCAGCACGAACACCGUUGGCGAAGUGAUUGAGGCCCUGCUUAAGAAGUUUCUUGUGACCGAGAGCCCUACCAAGUUUGCACUUUAUAAGCGGUGUCACCGGGAAGAUCAAGUCUACGCCUGCAAGCUCUCGGACCGGGAACAUCCACUCUACCUGCGUCUGGUAGCAGGUCCCAGAACAGACACACUCAGUUUUGUUCUUCGCGAACAUGAAAUUGGAGAGUGGGAAGCCUUCAGCCUGCCAGAGCUACAGAAUUUCUUGAGGAUCUUGGACAAGGAAGAAGACGAGCAGCUACAGAACCUGAAGGAGCGCUAUGCGGCCUACAGACACAAGCUGGAAGAAGCCCUCAGCCAGGCGUGGAAACCGGGGUAAAGUGUGGGGCUCCCUGCCCCUCAGGGACGGCGCGGGACCUGCGUGUGCACCGGCAGCCAGGGUCUCUCUUGUCGGAGGGCGGUUUUCUUGCCCUAUGAUGCUAGGGCCUUUCCUUUCUACAAAUCUCUAGAUCUAGUUUCCCCAAACUGGUCACGCAGCAUCCUGCAGCUUGGGCGUCCUCUGUCAGGGAUUCCGCAAGCUUGUUCUGUUAACGGCCCCACGGUGUUACCUCUUGGCAAGCUGUGAACCUGUGGUCUCAUCUGGAGCAUUCUAGAGUGCUUUGAAGCAUGGACUUUGAGGUGUUUUUUUUCCCUUAUUUUCUUUUAGUUGAGUAUAUGAUGAUGUUAAGCUUAAGGUUGUGCAAAUGAUUUUUUAAAAGCUUAACAAGGACCCUUUCUGAAUACUUGUCUUACGUUGAAACUACCUGUCUGUUACUGGGUUUUAUUGUUUUGUUUUUAAUGUCGGAGGAAACAAUUCAUGUGAAUUGAAGGGCACAGGAAGCUAGGGGCGCUGAGGAGUUGGUGAAGGAUUUUGGAGGAGUCUGACAGAGAGAGGAAAGAGGAAGGAUGGAAGAAGUUGGAGGGUAGAGGUGGGGAGCCCCGAGGGAAGGUGGUUUGGGUAAGUGGAUGGUGGAGAAGGAGGUGAACUUGCUUGUUGCGGGGUUAAAAGCUUUCAGUUUAGAGACAUUAAAUGCAUUGUCAUAGUGCUUGAUUUCCUGGUGAGUAAAACGUGGGAACGGAAACCAAAGAAAGUAGGAGCUAGGCCCAGAGGAGGAACUGGCCGCCGGCCAUGGAAGGCAGGGGGAGCCGCCAUCUUGGCGAACCUGCGCGCUCCCCGCCCUUCCCGGGCGGAAGGUCUGAUGGGUGCAGCUCCUCUGGGCCGCCGGGCGGUGAGCGCCAGCGCUGACCCCUGUGACGUUACAGCCUCCCCCUGGGGUUGCUUUUCAAAGUGGAAAAGGAGUUCGGGAGGAGGCAGUGUACCCCCCGGCCCCCCAAACCCCCCUACCCCCCGACUGGGACUUGUCGAGCGAUUUGUAGAGUGAGGGGCUCUCAGCACUCUUGUUUGACAAUCACUCCCUCGUCUCCCUUUAGCCUCCCCCUCCCUUCUUCCUCCUUCCCUCCCCUCACUGCUCUCCCUUCUCCUCUCGGCCGUAGAACAGGGGUGUGGAUUAAGGAGGCCUGGACGACCAUCAGGUCCUCAGUUCCGAAGGGUGACUGGAAAGUGGGGGCGGGGGGCAGCGUCCACUCCCGGCGGACCACAGAGGAGGGGGCUUCUUAGAUUUUUAACCAAAGUGCAUGCUCCUGCAGACCAAAGAAGUGCAUGUGCAAUAGGAGCCUUCCUUAAAACAGGUUAAAUAGUCUCAUUUUAUGCAGUAGUUAAUCUGAAAACAACAGGAAAGGUGUGUUGAGCUUCCAGAGGGGCCUUCCAGUCUAUUCGUAGUCUAGAUAUUGUUUAUAAAUUCCCAAGGAAUUGUUAACACUUUGGUGACACCUAAUGGAUUCUUUUUGAAAUUCCAAGGUGCUUCAGUUCUUUGCCUCCUAAGUGAACUGUGCCUUUUUUAAGAACUGCAUUUCUGUUCCCUUCUUGGUGGUUCUUCUGACUUUUCAGAGAACACCCGUCUUGUUGGAGGCAGAUGUGUCGCUUCUGCUAUGCCACACACGUUACUGAGACAAUCAUAUCUUCCUAAGCUUUUUAAGGAAAGUUGGAAAGAAACCAAAAAAAAAGGUAGAACUAGCUAUAAAAUAUGUAUGGCACAUCUUGUUUAAUUUUGCAUGUAAGUUCCUUUUAGUGCCUCAGUGAGGUUUUAGUGACAUUGUCAACCAAUUCUUUACCUUCAUUGUUCAGGGAAUGCCUUCAUGAUUUUUAUACUGGUUUUACUAUUCAGACUAUGGCUUUGGUGUGAGUGUACUGUUAUCAACCACCUGGUCUUUUAAUUACCCAUCCCAGUAAGCUCAUAUUUUGUGAAGCCAUUGUUUCUCAGAUUAAGACACUGUUCGAACCUUAAAGUAGUUACCUGAUGGGUAUCUGUGAAAUUUUUUUUUUUUUACUUGAAGUAGAUUGUCUAAAUUAGGCAUCCUCGUCUGUAUGAUCCGGGACCUCGCUCAUUGUCAUCUGCACUACAAGUUUCAAUUUGGAAAACUUACUGUGUUGAAGUCCUGUUGGUUCAUGAUUCUUGAAGACCAAUGGUCUCUCCCGAACACUGGUGACUGCCGCAUUUUUAAUGUGUAAGAGGCCACCGAGGCCACAGAUUUUAAAAAGUUAUUGUACAAAUUCUUAUGUUAAAUUAAACUAUCUAAGCUUUGCUGUAAUACUGUUUUCUCUUCAGUAUAUGAUGGUACAGGAACGAGGUUAAAUGAAGGGGUGGUAUUGCAGGGGAGCAUUUUAAAUCACAGAAGUAAAAAAAAAUUAUAAUAUUUAUAAUUUUCAUGAGUUUAAGUUUAUUUUUAUGGGGAAAGAGGUUUUUUUUUUCCCCCUAAAAUUGUUUCUGGAAUGGCAAAUUGUUUCCAUUAUUAAAAGUUGAAGUUGUUAGUU